AUGGAGUCUGAGUACAGAGUUCCAAAGGUACUGUUUGAAGCUAAAUUGCUGGUGGGGGAGGGUCCUAGCAGAAUGACAGAUAGCUCUGACAACCCAUUCUGCCUGGAUGUUAAGAAGAUUUCUUCCUUUACACGUCUUGUGCGAGUUUCCGCCUGGGUACUAAGAUUUAUCAAGAAACUUAAGGGGAACGAAAUACAUCCAGGACCAUUGUCAUCUGAAGAGUUGAAUGAAUCCAAAGUUUUGUGGAUAAAACAUGUACAAAGCCAGCACUUUAAGGAAGUGAAAAUUGCACUGGCAGAAAAGAAAAGACACAAUUUAGUGAAUCAGCUUGGACUUGUAAUAGAUGAAGAAGGUCUUAUUAGAUGUGUUGGUCGACUCGGCGCUGCUCAUAUGACGGAGGGAGCGAGGCGACCAAUACUACUACCAAAGAGAAACCAUGUGAAUGACUUACUGAUAGAUAGUCUUCACAGAAGAUCCUUUCAUGUUGGAGUAUCUCAGACCUUAUCCAUGAUCCGACAGACAUACUGGAUCCCACAAGGCCGCUCAGAAGUUAAGAGAAUCUUGAGGAAAUGUACUGUGUGCAAGAGGCAUGAAGGAGGACCAUACAAAAUGCCACUGAUGCCGCCAUUCCCGAAGAAACGUGUUAACGAAUCGGCUCCAUUCACCUUUACUGGAGUAGAUUACUUUGGUCCAAUAUAUGUCAAAACAGAGAAUGGGAACAAGAAAGUUUGGGUUUGCCUGUAUACAUGCUUAGCAGUUAGAGCCAUACAUAUGGAACUUAUGCAGGACAUGUCAACAGAGGAAUUUCUUUUGGGACUUAGAAGAUUCAUUGCACGAUGGGGAAAGCCCAAGCAAAUAAUAUCCGACAAUGGAUCUCAAUUCAAGCUUGCAAGUGAUGUGCUAGAAAAGGUAUGGAAGUCAACUGUUCGGGAUCCAAACGUACAGACCUACAUUUCUAAUGAAGAUAUCCGAUGGCAAUUUAUUGUUGAACUUGCACCUUGGAUGGGGGGAUUUUAUGAACGCUUAAUAGGAGUCGUUAAGCGGGGUCUCCGAAAGACCAUUGGAAAGCUGUGCCUAACCAGUGAACAGCUACGAACUAUACUGGCCGAGUCGGAAGCUGUUGUGAAUUCCAGACCUUUGGUGUAUGUUGGAGAUGACAUCAACUCGAACAUCGUUCUCACUCCAGCACAUUUUCUGACAUUGAACCCAAAGACUGGAAUUCCAGAUGAUGAAAAUGUAGGCGUAGAUGACACAGACUAUUUACCCUUCAUCAGCAGUUCUGAUAAGCUACUCCUUACAUGGAAGAAAGGAAGGAAACACUUAGAUGCUUUUUGGAAAGCUUGGCGAGAUGACUACCUUCUAAGUCUUAGAGAAAGGACCUCUUACAAACUUAAAGAAGGACGAAUUCAACAUAGGAUGGAACCAAGAAUUGGAGAUGUUGUGCUGAUUAAGGAUGAUCUUCCUCGAGGGAACUGGAAAAUUGGACGCCUUUGUGAACUAAUUGUGAGUCGGGAUGGAGAAGUGCGGUCGGGAAAGGUGUUACUCCCCAGCAAAAGGACCUUAAACAGACCAUUGAACUUGUUAUACCCUAUUGAAUGUUCGGAAGAGAGUGAUUCAAAGAAAAGCGUGGAAAGAAGUGAAAAUCAAAGUACCGAAAGACCAAAUAGCUUAAACCAAGAACAUUCCAAAGAGAGGAAACCGUGUGUGACUGAUUCAGAUGGAACUACUUCUGAAAACCGUCCAAAGCGAAGAGCUGCCGAGAAAGCGAAGGAAAAAAAUCAAGGACUGGUUAGAUGCGUAACUAUUCUUCGGUCGUGGGAGUGUUGCGAAUCCGCAAUUAUAUUAACAUUUUAA